AUUUAUCGAUUUUAUCAAGAAUUACAGUAGACCAAAUUUGACUGUUUCAUUUAAGGCUGAGAGAUCAGUAGAAGAUGAGUUAGAGCGAGGAAGCCAGUCAGACAUCACUACCAUAGCAAUCAGCUACAUCAUCAUGUUUGUAUAUAUUGCCUUAGCACUGGGAGAGGUGAAGAGCUGGAGGACUGUCUUGAUUGAUUCCAAGAUCACACUUGGUUUGGCUGGUGUUGUAAUAGUGCUGCUUUCUGUAGUAGCCUCAUUAGGAAUUUUCUGUUUCGCUGGAGUGCCGGCUACACUGAUUAUUAUCGAAGUGAUACCAUUCCUAGUUCUUGCUGUUGGAGUUGAUAACAUCUUUAUUUUAGUACAGGCUUAUCAGAGGGAUGAGAGAAGUCACGAGGAAAGUCUGGAAGAACAAAUCGGCAGAGUUGUAGGAGAGAGGGCACCAAGCAUGCUGUUGUCCAGUUUAUCUAUGUCAAGCUGUUUUUUUAUAGGAGCCUUAACGGACAUGCCAGCUGUAAAAAUCUUUGCCCUUUAUGCUGGAUUAGCACUUCUUAUUAACUUCAUGUUGCAGAUGACAUGCUUUUUAGCCCUUUUUGUACUAGAUACCAAAAGACAAGAGGAAAACAGAUUGGACCUAUGUUGGUGUUGGAAACUUUCUAAAGUUAAAAACAGAUCUACAAAUAGCCUUCUACACAAAUGUUUUAAAUCUUUUUAUGCACCUAUACUGAUGAAACCUCUUGUUCGUGCUGUUGUGUUAUUGAUAUUUACUGUUUGGACAUGCUCUUCUCUUGCCGUUAUCAACAAAAUUGAUAUAGGCUUUGAUCAGGAGCUUUCAAUGCCACAGGACUCGUAUCUGCUGUCGUACUUCAAGAGUAUUAACAAGUACCUGUCAGUUGGUCCUCCGGUAUACUUCGUCAUUACAGAUGGAUACAAUUACUCAGAUUUAGAGAUGCAGGACCGGGUGUGUUCGCAUCCGGAGUGCGACAGUGACAGCUUCUACUUUAUUCUGAAAGGAGCUGCUGGAAGGAAAGAAAAAACGUACCUAGCAGAAGAGGUGAUUAGUUGGUUAGAUGACUUCAUAGAUUAUAUGAAAAGCAUUAGCUGCUGCUACGAACACAGUAAUCAUACUCACUGCCCUUCAAUAUUUCAAGAGAAACUAGGGUGUGAAAGUUGUGCCAGCCCAGACACUCGGAUUGUUGGAAAAGAAUUUGAUCACUAUGUGCCGUUCUUUCUGUCAGAUCUACCUAGUGAGAAGUGCAGUAAAGCAGGAAAAUCACAGUUUGGAUCUGCUGUGGAACUAAUCCCAACCAGUGGGAACAAACUGAAAAUAGGAGCCACUCACUUCAUGACCUAUCACACCAUUCUUCGAACAUCAAGGGACUUUUACAAGGGUCUUGAGAUGGCUCGAUACGUUUCAGAUAAGCUAACUGAGAAAAUCAGAGCAACUUCCUCUAAUAAAGAUGUUCGAGUGUUUCCUUACAG